UGUGCAUCGCAUCAGGGACCAAGGUGGCACUGUUCAACCGACUGCGCUCCCAAACAGUCAGCACACGUUACCUCCACGUGGAGGGCGGCAACUUCCACGCCAGCUCCCAGCAGUGGGGCGCGUUUUUCAUCCACCUCUUGGAUGACGAGGAGUCAGAAGGAGAAGAAUUCACUGUGAGAGACGGUUACAUCCACUACGGACAGACAGUCAAGCUGGUUUGCUCCGUCACCGGCAUGGCUCUGCCCAGACUGAUUAUUCGUAAAGUGGACAAGCAGACGGCGCUGCUCGAUGCAGAUGACCCGGUCUCCCAGCUCCAUAAAUGUGCCUUCUACCUGAAGGACACAGAGCGCAUGUACCUGUGCCUUUCCCAAGAAAGGAUCAUCCAGUUUCAAGCCACUCCAUGCCCAAAGGAACCAAACAAGGAGAUGAUCAACGACGGCGCCUCCUGGACAAUCAUCAGCACAGACAAGGCUGAGUACACUUUCUACGAGGGCAUGGGCCCCGUCCUGUCGCCCGUCACGCCCGUGCCUGUGGUCGAGAGCUUACAGCUGAACGGAGGAGGGGACGUCGCCAUGCUGGAGCUGACGGGACAGAACUUCAUUCCAAACCUGCGGGUUUGGUUUGGAGACGUCGAGGCAGAGACCAUGUACAGGUGCGCAGAGAGCAUGUUGUGCGUGGUUCCCGACAUCUCCGCCUUCAGAGAGGGCUGGCGCUGGGUGCGGCAGCCCGUCCAGGUGCCCGUCACCCUGGUCCGGAACGACGGCAUCAUCUACUCCACCACGCUGACCUUCACCUACACGCCGGAGCCGGGGCCGAGGCCGCACUGCAGCGCGGCCGGCGCCAUCCUGCGAGCCGGAAACUCCAGCCUGCACAGCAACAGCAGCCAGGAGGCCGAAACCAGCGUCUACGGCCCCAACAGCACCGCCGGCGCCGGAGGCGUCACGUCUUCUUCCUCCACCGCCGCCGCCGUGGUGUCCUAACGCACGCAGCUGGAGGGGGCCUCAUCGCAGUACGCCUCGAGCGCGGCUAUACCUCGAGGUGUACGCAGACUAUAGGAAACAAAAAAAAAAACUGACUCACUCUGAAGUGCUGCAUAUUCAUUCUGGAAACAAACAGAAAGAGGAAACGGAAACAAAAAACAAAGUCCAGCGGGGAUGAAGGAGUAGGGGACAUUUGAAGGAGUGACAUCACAUAUGUCUCAGCCAAUAAGCAGAGAGAAGCUCCUUGACCUGUGUCCCUCRCCCUCCCCGCCGCCUCCUCCUCUUCCUCUCUCCUGUGGUUACUUUAGGGACCUGCCAUCGUGGUCCUGGUGUUUGGAAUCAGUGAAGUUCCUGCAGGCUCAGAGCACCAGCACCUUCCUUCAGCUGUGACAAACCACAACAACAAUACAUCCAACGUGGACGCAACGGAACAAAAAGGCUCCAAAGGAAAAUCUUAUUUCCUGCUCCCCACCCUGAACCUUUCAUCUCCUGGUUUUAUAUUCAUAACUCCUCUCGUUUUCGUGUGGAAUCCAAACGGAGGGCUGGAUGUAUUGUUGUUGAAGGGAGUGCCAGAGGGACACACAGAAAAAAACGUGAUGAUAACAUAGUUUUUAUGGACCAAGGAUCUUGUAUAAGCUUUAGUAAAGGUACAUUUUUCUCCAUACCUUUUUUUGUAUUAAACAUAUAGUACACUUUUGUUACCAAAUAGUUUCUAUUCUUCCUCUGAGCUUGGGCUUUACUUUUUUCUUCCCCCGUUCGAGGUCCAAAAUUUAUACGUCAAUGUGACCUUACUACAAAUGCCUGCUUUUCAGUCUUGUUUUGAUACUCUAGCGUCUUCUUUUUUUGGGGGGUUAACCUGAAGUCUUGGUUGUUUAUUUACAUGUGAGAAGGUUGUUUUGUUUCUGUUUUGUUUCAAUUGGGGGGAAAUAACCUCAGAGGGCCUAUUUUUUAUUAUCAUUGGUUUUUAUGAAGUCUUUAAUAAGAAAAGCUUUAAGCAACGCCUCUGCCUUGCCUGCAAUACUCACUCUUAUGUGUGCUGCGUCUCCAGGAAAGUACACACAUCCGUACAUCUCACCCGGAGCCAUAGAAACGUUUGCAGAAAACGUGGGGAGGAGAAAAAUAACAAGACUUUCAAGGUUACAGAAAGAAUUAGUCAUUUUCAAACUCAUGUAAUAAGCGUAGACUUAAACAGUUAGCCUUAGUACUGUAUAUUCUUACUGUGUACACAGUUCAACAAGUCCCACAUCUAGUAUCUUCUAUCUGUUGCUCACUGCUGUCAAACGUUGUGAAAGUCGUCUCAAACUGCACCUAGCCAGGUGUCUUCCAGUGUGUUCUGGUGGUUUUCCCAAAAAAAA